GACCCGGACACAUUUACACGGAGCACACUGCGACUAUCGGAAACCGUUGGAAGCAGAAGAUGUGGCUGCUGUCAGUGCUCGUGCCGCUUCUCAGGCUGUAUUUAUGCGGAAUGAAAGUCCUCUUCUAUCAAAUGUUCAACCGGUCCUUUACGCUACCAGUCUUACCCAAGCAAAAUGGAAGGGCUGCCAUUGUGACUGGAGGUACCAGAGGGAUGGGUUUUGAGACAGCGAAACACCUGGCAAGCCUUGGCAUGCAUGUUAUCAUAGCUGGGAACGAGAGAGAAGAAGGAGCAGAAGCCGUCAGGAAGAUUCAUGACGAGAACGGCAAAGGAAAAGCUGAGUUUGUCUUUGUGGACCUGACUUCACUAAAAUCCGUGCGUCAGUUUGCUCAGACGUUCAUAGACCGAGGUCUACCCCUCCACGUUCUGGUUAACAACGCUGGCACCAUGUUGGUGCCGGAAAGACUGACAGAGGACGGCUUUGAGUUCCACUUUUGCCUCAAUUACCUCGGUCACUUCCUGCUGACCAACCUGCUGCUGGACUUACUGAAAAAAUCAGGAAAACAGGGCUGCUGUUCCAGAAUCGUCAAUAUGUCCUCCGCCACACACUACGCAGGAGUCAUAGACAUGGAGGACUUAAACAGGAGGAUCUGCUACAGCUCCCAUGGUGCUUACUCCCAAAGCAAACUGGCUCUGGUCCUCUUCACCUACUUCCUGCAGGAGCAGCUGACGGCCGGCGGCUUCGCUGUGACGGUAAACGCCGUGGACCCCGGCAUGGUAGACACGGCUUUAUACGACAACCUGUGGAGCCUCGCCCAAGCGCUGAAGAAGCCUGUGGCGAAGACGCUGUUCAGAACUCCAGCAGAGGGAGCGUCCAUAUCCGUCUAUGCGGCGGCUGCUGCUGAGAUGGAGGGAGUGGGGGGCUGUUAUCUGUACAACGGCGUGAAGACGCAGUCCUCCGAUCUUUCCUACGACUCCGAGCUGCAGGUGAAGCUGUGGAAAAAGAGCUGCGAGCUUGUGGGCCUCCAGAAGACCUGAUUGGCUUUGCUGUGACCUCCAGACUGGUUGGUUCCACAUCGCUACCAGUCACUGAGGAAUUUUUUGAGAAAUUUUCAACAUCCGGUAUCAUGAAAUAUCCACUUACCACUCGUUAGGGCCCGACCGAUAUGGAUUUUUUGAGGCCGAUGCCAAUUCCAGUGUUUGGCAGAAAAAAAUUCCGAUGACCGAUUAAUCGCCGAUUAAUUUAGAAGACGUAAUGAAUAAAAUGGCUUCUUUUUUUGGUCCCUUAAUGCCUACAACAACAAAGAUUUGAACUACAGGCAGACCAUUUGACUGUUUUACAAUACUUUGUCCUUGAGUAUUUGUUUAACUUUACAACAGAGAGGAAUUUUGAAGAACAAAAACAUGCAACAAAGCAUUAAACCUCUGGGAAAUUAUAUAACCUUAAAUAAGUGUCACUAUAUGAAUGAGUUAUGAUAUACACCUUGUCUUGUACUUCUUGUGGCUGCAAAUUAGAGGUAGGUUAUAGUACAGGUGAAGUUACUGGCGCAACAUUAUUUCUGCAGCCCACUGAUGCCCUUUAAUGUUAAAUCACAUUUUCUCUACUCCAUUAUUUUCUUUGUUAUGAAGUCAUGACUCCUAUGAGCCAAAAUAUACACCAGAGAACCUUUCUCGGAUGUAAUACAUGUCAUCUUUGACAGCGUCGUGGUUUAAAUAUACAAUGGUCACAAAUGGUAUGACACUAAUGUUCCUCCAUAACAGCACACACAGUGAGUUGCUGUUCCAGCCUGUGUCAUGUUGGAGUAUUUUCUGAAUGGAGUCAGAACUCCAUGUAUUGGACAAACAGCGACAGGACAUCAUUCUGCGUGACUCCGACACUUAACAGCAUUUAAGAGAAUAUAUCGGCAUUUAAUCGGCCGAUGACGAUUAUUUUGAAAAGGGCUACAAUCGGCCGAUGAAUUGGUUGGGCACUAUUAAAUGUGUCCCACAAGCCCAGCAGCUUUCACUGAGUGUGUUUUGGACAAGAUGUGUGCUGAAUGAAAGAUGUGUGCUGAAACUAGUCAAAGUAGCCUCCAUACAAAUGGAAGUAACCCCUGUGCAAUAUCAAUAUAAUGACCAAUGAUUGUAAAUUCUGUCACCUCUCAUUAACUGUGUCAUUUCUGAUGUAAACAGAGGAGUAUUUCCUCUUACUACAUUGGAAAUACAGCCCCCCCCCCCCCCC